AACAAUGCUUCCAUUUUCUCGCACAACCCCAAUUUCCUCCUCUCUUUUCCUUCGUUUUCCUCCCUUUCUUCCCUCUUCCUUCCAUUCCAUUUCCCUCCCCCUCCCUCUUCCUCUCCUUCUCAAUCCCCCCAGAUCCUCCCCCUUUGGUCUCCUUCCUCCCUCUCUCUGCAUUCGCUCCAUUGACGCCGUCUACGAGUCCAAACUCCAGGCCCAAGACUUCAACUUCAAAUCUCUCAAGAUCGCCAUCAUAGGCUUCGGCAACUUCGGUCAGUUCCUUGCAAAAACCAUUUCUCGCCAAGGCCAUACCCUCCUUGCAUACUCCCGCACUAAUUACAGCGAUGCUGCUAAAAAUCUUGGUGUCACAUUCUACUCCAACCCACAUGAUCUCUGCGAAACCCAUCCUGAAGUGUUGAUCUUAUGCACUUCAAUUAUCUCUAGUGAAAAUAUGCUCAAGUUUUUUCCAUUUCACAGAUUGAAACGAAAUAUCCUUUUUGUUGAUGUGCUAUCUGUGAAAGAAUUUGCUAAGAAUAUUUUGUUGAAACAUUUGCCUGCUGAGUUUGAUAUCUUAUGUACCCAUCCAAUGUUUGGGCCUGAUAGUGGGAAAUAUUCAUUGCUUGGUUUGCCAUUUGUGUAUGAUAAAGUUAGAAUUGGAAAACAGGAAAACAGGAUACACAGGUGUGAGAAUUUUCUUGAUAUUUUUGCUAAAGAAGGAUGCAGGAUGGUGGAAAUGAGCUGCGCAGAUCAUGACAGGUACACAGCAGAGUCACUGUUUGUGACUCACACAAUGGGGAGGGUGUUAGAGAAGUUUGGUUUGGAGUCAUCGCCAAUUAACACUAAAGGUUACGAGACUUUGUUGAAUUUAGUGGACAAUACUGCUAGAGAUAGUUUUGAGCUGUAUUAUGGGUUGUUUAUGUAUAAUAAGAAUGCUAUGGAGCAGCUGGAGAGAUUGGACAUGGCAUUUGAAGCAGUCAAGAAAGAGUUGUUUUGGAAGUUGCAUCAAGAUUUUCGGAGGCAGCCGUUUGCAACAGCAGAGGGAUUAGAAGAACGUCCUAAGAAGCAGCUGCUUGAAAAUGGUGCUCCUGUGGAACCUCCUCUGAUGGAAAAGAAAGAACUUGAACAUCAAUGA